GAUUCGAAGGUUCUUCAUAUCAGUUCAUUGAAGUUAUCGCGAAAGGAAAGACGUUCUAGGUUCUAACAAUGAAAAUCGAAAGCAAUUUUCUGUACGUUGUUCUCAGUGUUUGCGCAUUUUCAUCUGGCAUAACUUUGGCCACUCGCAGAUCGUAUGGAGAAGAAUGUAACCGAAUCAAUAAAUGCGACAAGGCGGCAUGGCUUUCAUGUCGAGAUGGAAAAUGUGAUUGUUCCAAGCCAGACGAGAUGUUGUACGAUGAAGGGAAGGGCAAAUGUGUGACAAAAUCAGGGGAACGGUGCAAGUACGGUGCAUUAAGCGAAGAAACACUUGUGGAAAUCACCGACUGUGUAAAGAACUCGAUUUGCAGUGCUGACGGCGUGUGUGAAUGCGAUUCGAAAUACCAUGAAACGUACAACGGUACAUGCAGACUGUCGGUACUAUUCGGGGAAAAUUGUUCCGAAGAAGAUCAAUGCUCGAAAUUCGUUGGGUUGCAAUGUGUGGAUGGGAAAUGCGAAUGUAAAGAUGGGAUUUACUCCAGAGAAAGAGGACUUUGUGUUGGACGAAGUCAAGGCAGUUGUUUGCGAAACGAAUGCGUCGACGGUGCCAUAUGUGUUCAAGACAAAUGUCUUUGUGACUCGGACCACUUCCACUCGAUCGACAAAACUUGUCUGCCGAGGAAGAAAAUAUUGGAUAAUUGUACCCGAGAUGUGGAAUGCUUGCAAACGGAUACCUUAAAUCUCCGAUGCAUUUCGGGCAUAUGUAACUGCCAGGAUAAGUUUGAAUACUUGUCUGUGCAAAAGUACGAAUACAGGGACUAUAGUAGGUUUCCAACAGAUAAUGGCUUCAAACCUUUUGCAAUCGGAUUUACAGGACCAGUUGUGGAAAUGUGUGCUCCCAGACUUGGGGAGAAAUGUCCAGAGGGUUACUGCAUGAAUAAUGCAUUUUGUGAUGCGGAAGUUCAAUAUUCGGAUUCGUACACAGAACCGAUAUAUGAUUCAUGUCGAUGCAUAAACCAGCAAUACUCACCCAACAAAAAUUUCGAAUAUUGUGCUGGGACCUAUGACCAAGAUUGCACUGACGACUCAGAUUGCAUUGAUGAUCUGGUGUGUUCGGCUGGAAAGUGUAACUGCCCAUCGCCCUGGCAUCAAUUCUUUGACUAUUCUACAAACACCUGCGUUACGAAAGUCGGUGGUCAUUGCACGAGUUCGUCGACCUGCGUUCCAAAUUCAAAUUGUGUGCAUGCGUCAACUACUAACAAAAGUGGGCACUGUCGCUGCAAUCCGAAUUUUGUAGCGAAUAUAGAUAGAAACUGCGACCUAGCUUACGGAGCAGAUUGUACCGAGGAAAAUGUAAAAUGCGACAGCUUUGCCGGACUGUUGUGCAUUAAUAACAAGUGUUCUUGUCCAGACGCAAUGUACGAAUAUAAUGCGAGAUUUCGACAAUGUUUGGGGCUUGUGGGUGCUACUUGUACUAAAUCACAAGAAGGCGACGGACAUGAUUGUGUUGACAACGCGUACUGCAAAGAGACACAGCCUCUUUUCGAAUGCGAUUGUGUGGAUGGAUACGUGGAAGCAGAUGAUCACACGUGCAUGUCGAUCGCAGCAAUGGAAUCACAGCGUGGACAAAAUGGAGACAUCGAUCGUUCGGAUCGUAGUAACGAUAAAAACGUUACCAAAGCACCAGAAAUAACUUACGAUAACAGCACCUGCAAUCUGCACAUCUGCAACAACGGGCAGUGCAUACGUAACGAAUGGGUUUGUGAUGGCAUCGUACAGUGUGAUGACAAUUCCGAUGAAAUGAACUGCCCCGAAAUGAACACAGGUUACGGAAGUGUAAAUAUGGAAGCAUGUCACCCGUUGGACCAGUUUACGUGUGCUAGCGGUGAAUGCAUUGAAAGCAGUCGUUUUUGUGAUGGAAACAUCGAUUGUGAUGAUGACUCAGAUGAACCUGAUUAUUGUUAACAAACAAAAGAAUGCAGCAAUUACUUCCAAUGUUUUAGUGGCAGUUGUCUUCGAUACCAACUAUGUGAUUAGAAGAUGGUUUUGAUGAAACAAUAUGCAACAUGUAAUUAAUGAAUACGCGAGAGGAGGAAGGGGGUCAAAAAUCAAUGACAAAUUCAAGAAUUUUGAAUCAAAAUGCCAUUUCAAACAAAUUUCAUAUAAGUAAUCCUUUGAGAAACGAGUUACGCUCACUCAUUCACUCAUUCUAUAGAUCAUUGUCAAUGUCGUUUGAGAUGUCAAAUGAGCUGUCAUUUCCACAAUGUUACAAAAAUUUAUAUGAAGCUGUCACUGUUUGAGGUUAUCUUUGUGAAAUUGACAACUCAUUUGACACCAUUUUGAGAGAAGAAACCGUUAUUUGACACUGAUCUAUUAACGUCAAAAUAGCCUCCAAAUUUCAAAGAUGUAUGUGUGUACGAUUGCA